AGGAGGGCGUGGCGGCCGUGGGGCGGACGAAUAGGGCCUGAAGGAAUUGAAGGGGCGGAGGUUAGGACCGGUGAUUGUAGCGGCGCCUCCUGGGGAGUCCACACCUUUGUCUUCGCAGCGACCCCUUCUGAGCGGGAUUCGGAUCCUUCCAGCGAUGCUCCCUUGGCAGGUCCGAGGCUGGAGCCCCAGGAGUGGUCAUCCACUGCGGCUGUAGUCUUUUCAUCAAGAUGAGUGAUAAGCCAGACUUGUCUGAAGUGGAGAAGUUUGACAGGUCCAAACUGAAGAAAACUAAUACUAAAGAAAAAAACACUCUUCCCUCAAAGGAAACUAUCCAGCAGGAGAAAGAGUGUGCUCAAACAUCAUAAAAUGGGGACCUCCUUGCAAGAGCAACAUCGCUUGAGUGUCUUGUUUUUGGCAAAUCUUUGUAGAGAUUUUAGGUAUCUUCUGUUGUCACCUUCUCACCCUGGCUAAGAAGUCAGGGGUAGCCAAUGUUCCUUCAUCUUAAAACUUCUAUUGGUGCAUAAAUUCCAACAGGGAGAUGCUGUCAAUAAUCUCACAGUUGAUGAUCUUUGUGUGUGUAGCCUUUGCUUCCCCAUAGGAUAAGCUGCUUUUAAAUUUCUACAAUGAUUCCCUCUAUUGCUUUAUUAUUCUUAUGUUGCACAGUUUUGCAUCUUCUCACAAUUUAUUUUCAUUUCUAAUGAAGCAGUAAAAUAAUAAAUAUAACCAAUAUGUUUA